CCUUACUCUUCACCACCACAAUUCUCUCACUAGAAUCAUGUCAAUUGGGUCUAUUUGUCUCUUAUUUAGCGAAUUUGCAUCAUCUUGUACGAUCAUUAGGUCCCCGUGCUUUGCUAUAUCGUGGUUCGAUCCCCAUUGAGGAAUUGAGAUAUAGUAUUUGAAAGGGGAACUCCAUAUAUUUUUGGUAUAUAGAGGGAAAUCAGGGCUUGUUAGUUUUAUUCCCUCUCAUCCUUGUGGAGAGAGGGAACAUCAAUUCAUUAGCCUUUUUCAAAAUCUUGUUGUGCCUGUGCUCUUGUUAAGCAUAUAAAAUGAAGUCGCUUACUGGAGACGAGAUAAAUCAAGGUGGUGGACAAGAGCCAGGUGCACAUGGAGAAAAGAUAUUUGUCUCUGUGAGGGUGAGGCCUUUGAAUGAAAAGGAAAUUGCCAAGAAUGAUUCUUGUGAUUGGGAAUGCGUAAGCAAUGACACAAUCCUUUACAAAAGUGGCUUAGCAGAACAACGAUCAACACACCCAAAUGCCUACACAUUUGACAGAGUAUACGGAUGUGAUAGUACAACAAAACAAGUGUACGAGGAGGGAGUCAAAAAAGUUGCUCUUUCAGCUCUUAAUGGCAUUAAUUCAAGUGUCUUUGCAUAUGGGCAGACAAGCAGUGGGAAGACAUACACCAUGACUGGAAUCACUCAAUAUGCGAUAUCAGAUAUAUUUGAUUACAUCAAAAAGCAAAAUGAUAGGGAAUUCGUGCUGAAAUUUUCUGCCAUUGAAAUCUACAAUGAAUGUGUUAGAGACCUUCUUAGUGCAGAUGGUACUCAACUCAGACUCCUUGAUGAUCCGGUGAAAGGGACAGUUGUAGAUAAACUCACAGAGAUCCGUUUGAAAAACUGGACCCAUCUAAUGCAACUCCUUGGCAUGUGCGAAGCUCAAAGACAUAUUGGGGAGACAUCAAUGAACGAAGUGAGCUCAAGGUCCCACCAGAUUAUCCGAUUGACAAUUGAAAGUUCCCCCAGCGAAUUCGCAAGGAUUGGCAGUGCAAGCAGCCUUACAGCUACUGUGAACUUUGUUGAUCUAGCAGGAAGUGAACGUGCUUCCCAAACCUUAUCAGCUGGUACACGGCUAAAAGAAGGAUGCCACAUAAAUCGCAGUCUACUAACACUUGGAACUGUUAUCCGCAAAUUGAGCAAAUCAAGAAACGGUCACGUGCCUUACAGAGACUCAAAGCUAACCCGUAUACUACAAAACUCUCUUGGAGGCAAUGCAAGAACUGCAAUAGUAUGCACUUUGAGCCCUGCACAUGCUCAUCUUGAACAAUCAAGAAACACCCUUUUGUUUGCUGUGUGUGCCAAGGAAGUCAGAACCAGUGCCCAGGUGAAUGUGGUCGUGUCAGAGAAAGCAUUGGUCAAACAGUUGCAACGAGAAAUGGAAAGAUUGCAAAGAGAGUUGAAGAACAUGUCUGCAGCAAAUAAUAACGAAUCUGUAAUCAAAGAAAAAGAGUCUCAAAUAGAAGAUAUGCAACAAGAGAUAAAAGAUUUGACUCAAGAACGUGAUCUUGCUCGAACUCGCCUUGAGGAAAUACUAAGAGCAGCUGGAAUUGAUCAGAGUUUACUUCCAUGGAACGAGUCUCGGCCCUUGCGUACUGGUUCAUGGGACGGGCGUUUACCAUCAUCAGAUACAUCCUUCAAUGCUCCAAUCACCACAUACAGCAAGGAUGAAUUAAACAUCCCAAAUGAAGACUCCUACUUUUUUGAUAGAAUCUCCUCGAGUCAGUUCAUGGAUCGAUAUUUACCUGACCCAUCCCACGAAUGGGAGAAAUCAAGGUCAAAUUCAUCAGGCAGCUGCAAAGAACUAGAGUGUAUGGAGAAUGAUCAGGAGGAGCAAUCUUCUCGCUCUUCGGGUUCUUCAGUUGUGGACAAAACUUAUUCAAGAACUGCAAGUUUGACAAGAAGCACGAGCUGCAGUGCGGUUAUUGAAGAGAUGACUCCUGAAUACAAUGUGGUGGCUGAAAGUAUGGUUACCAAGGAAGUUGAAGGGGAUGCAUCCGGAAGAAGUCUUCAGUCCAAAUCAGAAUCGGAUAUCAAAUCGAUGUGCAGACAAGAUUCUGAUGAGAAAGACAUGAAGCAGAGUGAGGGGAGUGUUUUUAUCUAUUCUCCAACCAGAACACUUAAAGAAGUCAUGAGGGAUGAUCUUAAAGGAGAGUACGUCAAUUACAUGGCGGAGACACCUCGAGCCAUUGGAUCAGCAAAGGAAGAUAAUGACUGGGAAUUGUUGUUUGAGGAGCAAAGAAGGAAGAUAAUCAAAUUGUGGGAUGAAUGCAACAUUCCAUUGAUUCACAGGACCUACUUUUUCUUGCUCAUCCAAGGCGAUCCAUCUGAUUCCGUCUACAUUGAGAUCGAGCUCCGCCGACUAUCCUUCCUCCAGAAAGCAGUAGAUCACGCCUCAAGCACAAGGGCAAUGGAUUUGGAGAGGGCGAUGCUAAGCAGGAAACUAUUGAGGAAAUACUCAGCAAAGGAAAGGGAAGGUCUUUUUGUCAAGUGGGGAGUUGAUUUGCAGUCACGAAACAGGAGGGUACAAUUGUCCCAACUGCUAUGGACAAAAACAGAUGACAUGGAGCAUGCUAAGGAGAGUGCUGAGAUUGUUGCAAAGCUUGUUGGACUUGUUGAUCCAAGCCAAACACCAAAGGAGAUGUUGUUUGCCCCAACGCAGGAAUCACAAACCAUGCGCCCCAGCUGGAGGGACACCUUCUCUUUGCUCGGAUAUUAACUAUCUCAUCAAAACCCCAACCACCAAAAAUAUCCUACCAUAAUAAUUAACAUAUAUAUCAAUUUACCAAUAAUGGUGGAAGCUAUAUACAUAUAGCAGCAUCAUGCGUGUACCUUUGAUUUGUACUUGAUGCAAUAAAAAUAUUACUUUCAUCA